UCCCCGUCAUCGUUCUUGAGGUUAGACAGCCAAUCAGAAUGUUUCUUGUACGCACUCCUCUGUCAAAAGUCAAACAUGGCGGCGUGCACAAGGAGGACGAGAGAAAUGAUGGGCUUGCUAGGAAUUUUAAGACAUUUCCCUCAGUACGAACGACUUCUGUCGACGUCUGUACUGAGGCACGCUGCAGCGUCAGAUGGACCUCCAAAAUUCACUCCUCCACCCAAACCAGUUAUCAUAGACAAAACACAGAAAGAGGCAUUUCUGCGACGGUUUUUGAGUCCAGAGUUCAUCCCUCCUCGUCAGCGCACAAACCCUGUGAAAUUUUCAGCAGAACGGAAAGACAUGAUACAGAGACGGACAGUUCUCAAAAUUCCCGAGUUUUACGUUGGCAGUAUUUUAGCAGUGUCCAUGACUGAUCCUCAUGUGAACGGGAACUUGAAUCGCUUCGUUGGAAUCUGCAUUCAGCGCUCUGGAAAAGGAUUGGGUGCUACUUUUAUUCUUAGGAAUGUUGUUGAUGGCCAAGGAGUGGAGAUAUGCUUUGAACUGUACAAUCCACGUAUGCGUAAGAUUGAAGUGUUGAAGCUGGAGAGGAGACUGGAUGACAAUCUCAUGUACUUGAGAGAUGCUCUUCCUGAGUACAGCUCCUUCGACUUUGACAUGCAACCUGUCCAUUAUGAGAUAACAGGAGACGUUCCGGUCAAUCCGUUAAAAGUAAAAAUGAAGCCAAAGCCAUGGUCUAAACGUUGGGAGCGCCCCAAGUUUAACAUUAAGGGUAUCCGCUUUGACCUAUGUUUGACCCCGGAGAUGAUGGAGCAUGCUCAGAAGUGGGCAGAACCGUGGAGGCCGUACGAUAUGCUGAAGGAGUAUGACACAUUCAGUUUAGAGGAGCAGAUCUUCAAGGAGGUACAAAAAUCUCAAAAAGUGAACAGUCCAUAGAAACCACUUCCAGCUUGGACAGAGACAAUCCCUUUGAAGGGACAUGAGGCUGGGGUGACACCUUUAAAGAUGCUUAAAAGAUCUGACUUUGGUGAGACAUGCUGAUGUGGUUGUGGUUCUGGGUUUUGCCUCAAAAUGGAUUCUGGAGACACAUUCAGAUGACUACAUAUGAUACAUCAGAACUUUUCAUGUGUGUGUAUUUUACAUGCUUCUCACCAGUUCAACCGCUGAUGCAUAUCUACAAAUAACCAUCCUAAAUUAAAAUAAUGUCAAUCAUU